AUGGUACGAGCAGCGUUGAGAGCUGCCGCAGAUCCAGCAGAGACCUUGCCGGUUCGCACCUCGCCACGUUCAAAAUCAGGGUCCGGUCGACAGCAAGCUCCUGCCGAGAACAAAGAGAGCAGCAAAUAUCGGCAUCCUGUGCUCAAGGAGGAAUUUCAGUCACUGGCCAGAGCAGUCGAAGAGGUGUCCGGCGCAGAUGAUGAUCUGUCGGAUUCGCCAGAACACGAUUCAGAUCAAAGCAGCUCAUUAUCGGAACUCGGUGAGAGUGAAGGCGAGGAUCUUGUCGCUAAGCCACGCAAAAAGGCGAAGGUGGAACAGCUAUCGAAGACCAAGAAUCCUGCGCAAGCUCGGAAGAAGACUCCAGUUAAAACUCCAGCGGUCAAGAAGGGUCGAACGGCAGCACCAAAAUCUGCUCGCAAGGCGACGGCGACAGAAGAGCCGACUGCUCAAGCUCAAGACGCAUCUGCUGACGCAGCAGACGAAGAAGAGGACGCAGAUCAAGCACGUGGCACUAAACGCAAGCGCAAGACUAAAGCGGAGCGCGAAGCUGAAGCCAUGCCACUCGCCAUUCGCACCGCCAAUCUCAAGAUGUACGUAGGAGCACACACUUCAAUUGCUAAAGGUGUCGAAAACGCAAUCACCAACGCCAUUCACAUAGGUGGCAACAGCUUUGCCUGUUUUCUCAAGUCGCAACGGAAAUGGGACAAUCCUUCACUCCAAGACACUAACCGCGACGCGUUCAAGCAGCACCUCAUCACACACAAAUACGAUGGCCUCAAUCAUAUCGUCCCUCACGGAAGCUAUCUCGUCAACCUCGCCACCGAAAAUCCCGAACUGCAAAAGAAGUCCUACGAUGCUUUCAUUGACGACCUUCGUCGUUGUGAAGCCUUGGGCAUCCGGCAUUACAACUUCCAUCCAGGAGCUGCCGGCAAAGCGCCUAUGCCCGAAGCCAUUGGCCGACUCGCCGCCAAUCUGAAUCGUGCGCUGUCCGAGACAUCGACCGUCAUCCCUUUGCUUGAAAACAUGGCGGCACGAGGGUCUAUCAUUGGUGGCCGAUUUGCCGACCUGCAGGCAGUAAUUGCACUUAUCAAACCUGAGUACAAGUCGCGCAUUGGUGUCUGCAUUGAUACGUGCCAUGCUUUUGCAGCAGGCUACGACCUACGCAGUCCUGAGGCCUUCAGGGCAACCCUUGAGGAUUUUGAUCGCAACGUUGGCAUGCAAUACCUCAAGGCUCUGCACAUCAAUGAUUCCAAAGCUCCCUUCAGUAGCCAUCGAGACCUGCACCAGAACAUUGGCCUUGGUUUCUUAGGGUUGCGCGCGUUCCACAACGUCAUGAACGAACCACGCUUCGAGGGGUUGCCGCUAAUUCUAGAGACGCCGUGUGAGCGGCCUGAUCCCAGCGAUCCGAAGAGAAAGAAGACUAUAGAUGACAAGGGCGUCUGGGCGAAAGAGAUCAAGCUGUUAGAGAGCCUGAUCGGAAUGGAUGCGGACAGCGAGGAGUUCAAGAAUUUGGACCGAGAGUUGAGUGAACAGGGACGCGAGGAGAGAGCAAAACAGCAGCUGUUGUACGAUAAGAAGAUCCAGAAAGAGGAGAAAAAGCUGGCAACAGAGAGGAAAAAGGGGCAAAUGAGUGUCAGAGAUAUGUUUGGGAAGGGGAAAGGUUCGCAGAAGAGAGAGGUGAGCUCGCUGACUGCGGAGGGAGAUUCAGAAGACAGCGCAUUCAGUGAGCUGGAGGACGACGAGUUGACAUGA